AUGCCACACAAAUACACAAGUUAUAUUGAAAUUUUAUCCGAGAAAGCUGACCAGUGGCGAAAUUUUUGUAUUUGUAUUUCUUGUAGAAAUAUUAUCAGUUGUCCUGCAGCUCUACUUCAAAAAUUCCCAAAUAAAAGUGAUAGAGUUCGAAAUCACUUGAAGAAAUGUAUACAUUUUAAAGAAAAGCAUCCUGAUAUAUUUGAAAAAUUCUUUGGAUCUAUUAAAGAGUCUGCAUUAAAUUCAAAAAGAUCACGUAUUGAAUCCAGUUCUAGUUCUACUUAUAGUUCAAGAUCUUGGAUGAGUCAUUCAACUAAUAAGUCUAUCAGUACACUUGAUUCUUUUAUUGCUCGACCACUUUCCAAAAAUGAUAAAUAUACAUUUGAAAAAUUAUUAAUUCAUGCAACAGUUUCUGCGGGUUGGGCUUUACAAUGGGUGGAUAAUAAGGAAGUCAAAGAGCUUUUUAGUUUUAUAAAUCCAACUUUGAAAUUACCAGAUCGUCGAGUUCUAGGAGGACAAAUUUUAAAUGAUGAAUCUAAAGCUCUUCAAGUUGAAAUGAAACAAAAACUUCAGAAUGAUUCUGUCGGUGUCACAUUAACAUUUGAUGGUUGGACUAAUAAAGGAUUGGAUAUAAGUAAUGAAUUUGAACAAUGGAAAGAAGUUGUUGAAAAAAUUGAAGUAAUGAUUAAAGAAAUUAAUGAAAUGAAAGUUGAUCUUAUCACUAUAGUAUCUGAUAAUGCUCCAAGUUAUGCUGCUGCAAGACGUCGACUUCGACUUAAAUAUAUACAUAUUACUUUUCUUCCAUGUUUUGCACAUCAAAUAAAUCUUUGUAUUGGCGAAAUUUUUAAGGAAUCUGAAGAAUUUAAACAAGCAUCUAUAAAAGCAAUAAAAAUAGCUCUUUAUUUUAAGUCAUCCAACAACAAAUACUUUAUUGGACAAUUACGAACUUUACAAAAAGAGACCUAUAAAAAAUAUAUUCAAAUUGCUAUUGGUAAUGAUACAAGAUGGAAUAGUCAUUAUGAAUGUUUUCGUACUUUAAUUAAAUCAAAAGGAGCAUUACGGACUUUAGGUUCAAAAUUUGAAUCACCUUAUGAUACAUCUUCUUAUCGUCAUCCAAAUGAACUACUCUAUCUUCCUGUUGAUAUAGCUUCUAUUUUACUUGAUGAAACCUGGUGGCAAUUACUUUCAAAACUUGAAAAAGUACUCAAACCAUAUUUAUUACAUGAAUUUGAACAACUCGUACAAUUUUGGAAAAAUUAUGAAGAUUCUGAUCUUGAACAAAAAAUACUUAAUCGACUUCAAACAAGAUGGCAAAAUUGGGAAUAA